UUUAGUUGGUAUCUGUUUCAAUUUGCAUCCAGGAUUCUCUUUCAAAAUAGACAUGCUUCCCGAUUUCAGUGCACUAGACAACUCGGAAAAACACUAGACAUUAGUGGUCUCACAUCGAGAAACAAGAACUCUAAACAGGAGGCAGCAGAAAAUGCUUCAACUAGCUGGUGAAGAAGGUGUCAGAAGGCCUGGACCAUGGAAAGAGAUUUCUUUUGGGGAUUAUAUAUGUCACACAUUUCAGGGAGACUGCUGGGCUGAUCGAUCCCCACUCCACGAGGCUGCAGCCCAGGGACGCUUACUGGCUCUUAAAACUUUAAUUGCACAAGGCAUCAAUGUCAAUCUUGUGACAAUCAACAGGGUCUCCUCUCUCCAUGAGGCAUGCCUUGGGGGUCAUGUGGCCUGUGCUAAGGCCUUGCUGGAAAACGGUGCACAUGUCAAUGCACUGACUGUUCAUGGGGCCACUCCCCUCUUCAAUGCUUGCUGCAGUGGCAGUGCUGCGUGUGUCAAUAUGCUGUUGGAGUUUGGAGCCAAGGCCCAGCUUGAGGUCCACCUGGCUUCACCAAUCCACGAAGCAGUGAAACGAGGUCACAGAGAGUGCAUGGAGAUUCUGCUGACAAAUGAUGUUAACAUUGAGCAAGAGAUUCCUCAGCUGGGAACGCCUCUGUACGUGGCCUGUGCAUACCAGAGAGUUGAUUGUGUGAAGAAGCUUCUAGAACUAGGAGCCAGUGUUGACCAUGGAUGGUGGCUGGAUACCCCACUGCAUGCUGCAGUGAGGCAGUCCAGUGUGGAGGUCAUCAAUCUGCUCACUGAGUACGGGGCUAACCUGAACCUCAGAAACGCACAGGGCAAAAGUGCUCUUGACCUUGCAGCACCCAAAAGUAGCGUGGAGCAGGCUCUCCUGCUCCAUGAAGGUCCACCUGCUCUUUCUCAGCUCUGCCGCCUGUGUGUCCGGAAGUGCUUGGGUCGCACAUGUCAUCAAGCCAUCUACGCGCUAGGUCUGCCAGAACCCCUGGAAAAAUUCCUCUUAUACCAAUAGUUGGAAACAUGUAGUUUAUUGCCUGCUGUAGGACACUUAGUAUACGCAUUCAGUGGCUUGAUCUACUGUCCUAAAAAUCUACUCAUCCAAUUAGAAUAAAGCUUCCAUAAAUCCAGACACUCGCGCUGAACAAGCUCCUGGUUAGUUUGAUUGCCAAGAGGUAACCAAAAACCUUUUAGUUUUUAACUCUUGUUAAUCAAUUUAAAAUGAAACUGAAAUAAAGCGAAAAUAAUUUCUAGUCUAGUUUUAGAUGAUUCAGGACCCUCUGUUACCUGGUGCUGGGGUCAGCAUUCUAAAUACUGAUUAGACACAGGCAAGAUUAAAUUAAGAUUAAAUUAAACUACUCGAGGAACCCUCUGGAUUCACUCCUUCUCCAAUAUAUUUUGUUAGUUUGUUGUUUUCCUAAAAUAAAUUUCUGCAGUGGUUUUGA